AUGCUUGAUGCAAACCCCGCCUCCCAUGAUGCCGACCGUCUGCAGUCAGACGGUCGGCCGCUGUCAACUCAUGUACCACCAGGGCAAAUUCUGACGGGAAAGCAAGAGCACUAUCUGAAGCGCGAGCUGAUCGGCCGUCAAGUGCGCAACGAAAUCACAGAGCUGAACUCCCCCACGGCCCUCCACCGCUUCGGCGCUCCAUUCAAAUCUGAGUUCGGGGAAGUUGCCCCUGUUGAUUCUGAGCUGCCGAUUCUGCGAUACAUCUUUGUGCAUCAUGUGCGCAAGUUCCCUUUCCUCGAUCAGGCGCGUGAGAAGGAGUUUUGGCAGGAUAAGUUGCAGGUGUUCCUCGAGUCAUUCGCUAACAAGCAUGUAUCGUCCUCGGAAGACCGGUUGGAGGAGACCAAGCGCAGGAAGCUGGCACGGAAAGCCGAAAAGCUCGUCGAGCUGAUGAUGGUGUCGGGGAUCCCCACAGCGUCGGGGUAUGAAGAGCGGAUAUCAUUCUCGGAGAUGGAGGUGGUCGAUCGCGGCGCGAACGAGAAGGGCCUUCUUGUGAAUAUGCCGGAGGGGCAUGCGAUACAUGGCUGGGAUGUCAAUGUCGCGGCGGUACGAGUUACCUCGGUCAAACGGACAGUGCGAUACCAUAAACAUGCGGAAUUCAUCCUCCGUGUGCGGCGGGAAGGCAAGCCUGACAUCUUUGUGGCCAGGCGAUACGGAGAAUUCUCAAAACUUCAUAAGAGACUGCGUACAGAGUUCCCGGGCCGAACAUUAGCUCCUCUUCCGCGGAAGAAUAAGUCAUCAACAAGUGCUAGCUUUUUCGGCUCGGCUGACGAUGAGGCGUCCUCUAUUUCUUCCGUGUCAACUCAAGAUACUAGCGAGGGGUACGCCGGUCGAACGCUGGCUCCGGGACCUCAUCACAGUCGUUCAUUGUCACGAUCCUCCAUGAGAUCAUCAAAGUCUGGGGGACUUUCAAGUGAGAGCCCGAGAGACACGGUGCUUUACAGGGAGGAGCAGCGCGUCUCUCUCCGAGCAUUUCUACGCACUUUGCUGCAGAACAAGCGAGUUUCCGAGUCAAAGGCGAUGGAGGAGUUUCUCACAGCAAAUCCCGUCACCUUGAAUGAAGAGGAAUUGACCGAUGUAGAAAGAAGAAAAGCAGCAGACGCCAUCAGAAUUGAGGAGCAGAAGCGGUUCUACGAAAUCGCAAGGCAGCGUGCGGCGGAAUUGGAUGUCUAUAUGGAGCAGUUCCGCCGGGAUAUCGUGGAGAGCAAUGGUCUAACGAAAUUAUUCUCCGAGAUUCGUGAAAAGAACACGAUAGCGGACCUUAGUCCCCAAUACCAGAAAUUCGCUGAAUGGCUUCGAAUUGAGGUUGCGGCAACUCUCUAUCACGUAUUCCUGGCUGAGGACAACUCUCCCGAGAUGUUUGCGCAGUUCAAGCGAAUACAUUCUCUUGUCCCGUAUACCUUGCUAAAGAAUGUCAUCCGCAUCGCCAACCCAGCGGCUGUGAUGAGUGGUGUCCUAGAUCUUUUCCUCGCUCAGCCAUUUGGGUCGCGGUCUCUGCUACAGCGCAUCUUUUCAAUGGCUCUAAACGACGGCAUUAAACAAUUUCAAAAGUCCAUUGACUCGCUGGCAGCCAAAAUUGGCGAUCCCGUCCUCACUGGAAAGUUAAAAGACUUCGCGCAUGCAGAUGAGAAUAUCAAGAAUGAAAUUCGGACAGAGGCUGCGACAGAAGAUGUGGAUUUGAUCGUUGCUAUUCUUCGGUCGGAGCUCAUAUCACCUGAGCUCACUCCAGAGCAGGUUGGAAAGGUGUUCAAUGCUUAUGUGGCCUGGAAUCAUGCGGUGGACAACGUGGAUCUUGAGAUGCAGGAAGGGGCCCAGUGGUUUGCGAACAUGAAGCAACUGCUCAAGCUCUACACCCGACAGCGCGACAAGGCAAUGAUUCUCAGCAUCAUCGAGGAGCCUGUCACCCUUCAGUUAUUCCGCGAUCUCUUCACGAUUUUCUACGAGCCGCUAGUGCGCGUCUACAAAUCGGCGAAUGUAUACAGUAGCAUUACCGACUUUGCACAAUUUGCCGACGACGCCAUCGCUGUGAUUGAGAAAUGUCACAGGCAGGAUGUUUCUGCCGACCCUAACCAAACCGUCCAGGCCUUCAUCGAUCUGUGCGAGCGGCACCAAGACAACUUCUACAAGUUCAUUCACGAAGUGCACCUUCACGAUAAUGGCUUGUUUACCUCCCUCAUGGGUUGGAUCGAAGAUAUCCUUGAAUUCCUGCGCCACGGUCCUCAUGGGGGUAAGCUUGACAUGAAUGCUCUGUUCCAUGGAGCCAAGGAUGUCGGGCAGAUCGACGAGGCCAAGGCCGUUGAGGAGAUUAAUGCUUUGAUCAAGUGGCACGAGGAUCGCAAACGGUGGCACUUGAAUAAGACGCGACAGAAGAUGGCGGCGGAAGGCACUGGUGGCGAGUCUUUCCCCGGGAACGCGACGUUCCGCGGCAGUGAUUUUGGCCUGGAUGAGGCGGACCUUCAAGAUCUCGCCAUUUCCGAUGCGGAAUCCGAACAGUCCGAGGAAAUGGAAGAGGACGACCUUGAUCCGAUCAUCGCUGAGAGGAGACGCCGUGUCAAGAAACAGGAUCAGCUUCGCCGCACCGCAGGAGAACCGGUCAAACCGGAGGUUCAGGAGAUUCUCAAGCUUUCGGAGCCUUUUAAUGCUAUGUUAAGGCAGGUCCUUGCCGAAUAA